AUGGGUUGUCGGCGGGCAUACAAGGGUAUUUUGGCCACCAUUGGCAACACGCCAAUGGUGGAGUUGCAAAGGCUUAGUCCCAAGCCUGAAGUGUGUAUAUUUGCCAAGCUGGAGGGGCAGAACCCCACAGGAAGUGUCAAAGAUCGCAUUGCCCUGAACAUGAUUGAGCGGGCUGAGGCGAACGGUGAAGUCUCUUCUAACCGGACUAUCCUUGAGCCUACCAGUGGGAACACCGGCAUUUCUCUGGCCAUGAUCGGAAUGCUAAAGGGAUACAAAGUUACGGUGGUCAUGCCCGAGAAUGUCAGCGAAGAACGAAGCCAACUGCUCCAUGCUUAUGGCGCCCAGAUCAUUUUUUCUGACGGGGAGAAGGGAAGCAACGGGUCCAUAGAAGUUGCCCAGGAUCUGGCAGCUAAGAACCCGCACGAUUACUUGAUGAUGUACCAGUACGGAAAUAGUGGGAACCCGGACGCCCACUAUGAAACCACCGGGCCGGAAAUAAUGGAAGCUGUUCCUGACGUAGAUACUUUCGUGGCCGGCCUUGGAACCGGCGGCACCCUUAUGGGCGUGGCACGCAGCCUGCGGGAACACAAUCCCGACGUGAGAAUCGUCGCCGUAGCCCCCGAACCUGACGACUUCAUUUCGGGAUUGCGACGCCUGGAAGAUGGGUAUAUACCCCCGAUUUUGGAUAUCAACAUGCUGGAUGCCAGGCUACUGGUUGGAAGUUUUCCAGCAUUCCGGACCACCAAGGAGUUGUUGCAUAAGGAAGGGAUAUUCGCCGGUGUUUCGUCAGGGUCAGUAGUGCACGGCGCCAUCCGCCAGGCAGAGCGCAUGGAAAGCGGUAAUGUCGUGUGCCUCUUGGCCGACGGCGGAUGGAAAUACCUCAGCACCAGCCUCUGGACCAAGGACUAUGACCAACUGGAGCAGGAUGUGCAAGGCAAGAUUUGGUGGUAA